AUGAAUCGUCUCCUUUACGGGCUACUUCUUGCCUCACUCCUCAUGAAAGCUGCGCUUUCGGUGCCUUCAUGCACACAAGUACUGAACGACUUAGCGCCUUGUCUGAGUUUCCUGCAAGGCAAAAUCGACCAGCCGACUGCACAGUGUUGUGGUGGGAUUAAGGCCUUGAAAGCAAUUGUGAAAACAAAAGAAGAUCGUGUGGCCGCUUGUAAUUGUGGGAAACAAGCGCUUUCCAUGGUCGAUUACGACCCGAAAAGGCUCCCUCUUAUUCCCAAGCCGUGCGGUGUCGACUUCAACCUGCCUCCAAUCGACAAAAACUUCGAUUGUUCCAAGGUGUCUGAGCUCGACGUGUGA